CGCGAGAGUUGGCGCGUGGCGGGCGUUUCGAGCCUGGCGACCCCGCCCCUUCCCCUCCUCCCCCCCCUUACUUCCGCCGGCUUUUCCCGCCAUUUCUUGGCUUCCGCCCCCCGCGCCGCCGCCGCUGAGAAAACUUUGAAAUGGAGGUUUAGAAGACAAGAUUCUGCUUGCCACUGAAGCGAGAUCUGUAGUGUGACAUCACUGUAGUUUUAUUUUCAGAACAAGCUGAAAGCUCCUUUCAUUUUGGAAGAGUUAUUAAUUGUGGGUGGGUUUUUUUUAUUUAAUGUGAAGAAAAUUAUGUAACUCAAGUUUGCAAGCCAAUGAAUUGCUCAAUAUUUACACCUAUUGCUUUUUAAAUAAUGGUGGUAUUCUAUUUUAAUAGUAAACUUAUCUGAAUUUAAAAAAAAAAAUGUUUGCAAAGAUCAGGGAUUUAAUUGAUGUAAAAUGUGUCCUGAUUUGGUGAAUAAAAUAUAUUAAGACAUCCCUGAAAUAAAAAAUGGUUCCUAGUCUUUGAAUAACCUCUCUAAUGCAGAAUAGCAUUCAGUUUACUGGUAUGAUCUGUGCAGACUUUUUUCCUUUUUCCUGUGCAGACUCUUUUAACUAAAAUACUGAAUAUUCAUUUAAAAUGAGGAAAAAAUUACCACUGGAAUAGUACCCCAGAUUUUUUUCAUAUAUUUGGAUCUUUUGUGCUUACAAAAAGUACUUUAAUCAUGAGCUGUGGAAAUGAUUUUGUGGAAACUCUUAAAAAAAUUGGAUAUCCAAAAGCUGAUGAGCUUAAUGGAGCAGAUUUUGACUGGCUGUUUGAAUCUUCAGAAGAAAAAGCGUUUCUGGAAUGGUUUUGUGGAAAUAUAAAUGAGCAGCAUGUGUUAUCUGAAAAAGAACUGCAAGAUUUUGACAGUCUUCUUGAGUCUGGUAAGCCCAUUUUGGAAGGAAAGGCACUGGAUGAAGUCCUUAAAACCUUGAAGCCCGUGAAUUCGAAGAACGGUAGCCAAGAGGAGGAGGAGGAAGAAGAGAAAUUGGAGGAUAAGCUUCAAACUCUUCAGAAGUUGAAAAAACUUCAAAUUCAUCGGUAUCAUAAGCUUCAAAUGCUGGUUUCUGAAAACAGACAUGUGUUACAAAUGUUAAAAAGAAAAGAGGAAGAAGCACAAAAAGAUUUGAAAGAAGGACUGGAAGUGUUUACUGCAGCAAAUAGUAGGCUUAGUAGUGAACUGCUGUCUCUCACGGAUGCAGCUAAGAAACUGGCUUCUUUCUUUACUGCUUUGAAUUCAGAAGAAGGGUCAGGUCCACACCCAGUGUUUUUUUCCCAGCUUUCUUUGGACAGGUACUUGUCUCGGGAAGAACAAAGCACUGCAGCACUUACCUUACACAUGAAAAAACAUUUUGAUCAAAGUAUGCCUGAACCAGCUGAAAAUUCACACGAGGGCAGCUUUCAGCUUGCGGAUUUAGGCAAACAAAUCGCUUGUGAUGAAACUACUGAAGUUUGUGAAGAGAGUCAAGAGGUGGCCAGGCUGCAUACAGCGUAUAUUUGUGCUCAACAUCAGCUAGUUCAGAUGCUAGCGAAACAGGAGAGCGUGAAUUCAGCUAUCAAAUGUGCAGAGAGCAUGCUGCAGUCCUUAAAUGACAAGGAUGUGGGAAAACAAGAAAACAUGGCUGCCAAAAUAACCAGUCUAAAUAAUGACAUUUCAACAAUUAAACAAGAAAUAACUGUGAUAAACAAUGAAGAACUGCUUCCCCUUCUGAAAGAGAAAGCACGACUUUUCACCGAGCCUGUGGUGCAAGGAUACUUGGAUCAUCAGAUUGCUCAGCAGGACAGUUAUGCUUCAAGACAAGAUGAAAUACUCAGGCAUAUGGUAAGACAGAAAGCAUCAUAUGAACUUAUUGUGCUGGCCUAUGAAAUGGAGUUGAAGAAACAUAAGGAGAUCUGCUGUCAACUUGAGAAUUUGAUAGAAUCACUGAAACGGAGCAGUAGUGAGUUGCAAGAGAGAAUACAGGCAAUAACUGAGCAAACUCAACAAGCAAAGCCGAAAAACAUCAUUAGUUCAGAUGAUGGUUUUGCAUGCAGGCUUUAUCAGCUUCUGGAAGAAGAAAAUAAGAACCCAUGUUUGUUUAAAACAUACAAAAACCUGGAGCAGAUGGCUCAGAAGUUGAAGCAGGAUUGUGAUACAGUACAAGGUCAGCUAGCGUCAUCUUCUCGAGAGCAGUCUCUCCUUUUGUCCAAGCUAAAAAGUGAUGUAGAUACCCGUUAUGAGGCUCUGUAUCGUGGAGGAAAUCAGAUACAACUCAGUAGUCAGGAACUUACUGAGCAGUUUCAUCAACUGGAAGCUGAUUUAAAUAAACUAAAUCAACUCCUUAUGGAUCUGAUUUCUGAUGUGAAGUCAAAGAGAAACUUUAUAGAGUCCAAUAAGCUGUAUCAGAUGGAAAGAGACUUGUAUGUGUAUUUUUUCAAAGAUGAAGACCACUUGAAAGAGAUUGUGGAGAAGCUUGAGCAGCAGUCUGAGGCUAAAGCCAGUGGUCUGGAAAAUUGGGAUUUCACCACCAGUGAAGUUCUUGAUGUUUAAACUUGAAUGUACCCUGAAAGGAAAUAAUUUUAAUGUAAACUGUCUACAAGUUUAUGGAAUAAGUAUUAGGUUAUCAAGGUUAAUAUUUAUCUGUCGUUGCAAUGUAUGUUUAGCUGCCACAGUUAUCAAAUUUCAUUGUAUGCUGCUUUAUGGCUUUUGGCAUCUGCCCACUGAGUUCAAAUCUCAGUUAUGUCAAAGUUCUUUGAUACAAAGUAAUACAUUGGUUAUUUGAACAAAUUACACUGGGCUGCUCUUCUGCUAGCCUGUAUGUUCACUUCCCCUGCACGUAGCGCAGCGCAGAAAGGAACAUUUCAUACCCUUGAAGUUUUCUUGCAUACUAAGAACCUUUUGAUUUGUGAACUGAAAAAUAAAAGUGAAGAAGGCAUUCCAGACUUUGGAACUUGAAUGUUAUGUGCUUCUUUUUGAAGAGUAGAGUUUUCCAAGGCAGAUACUCGGCGAUUGUUUCUCUUGCAGUUCUCCUAAGAAGAUAUGAGUUUGUUAGAAAUGUGUUGGAAUACGUACCAGAAUCCAUUUCAAGUACCACGACCAUCUGUUUUAAGACCAUUCUGAUAUCUCUUAACUUACGGCCUAAUUUCUCCGUUGGAACGAGUCCCUGCUCAUACUGGACUCUUCAAAGAAAAAGUUUACAUUUACUUUUUGGACUUCUGAAUUAGCUCUAUAAUUUAUAAUGAUAGGCAUUUCAGUUCAGAGUCCUGACGCUUUCAUACUUCUGCUUUCAUGUGCAUUGUUAGGCUUUCUAUCAAAUUUUUAUAUAGUUUCCUAAUACAGCAAUGGAACUAAAUAGGCUUUUUUUUAGCAUGAUAACUUCCAGUUGUUUGUAUUUUGACGGGAUCAGCUGUGCUUGCUUUCGAGCACUGUAAAAAUAAUGCGGGUUACUAAAUUAGCUUUAACUUCAGUAACACUCGUGUUAAAACUAUUUUGAUGGCAGAUCUUUAAGUUUU